AUGGGUACUUUAACAACAGCAGCAGAUAAUCGAUUGAAUACAGUAACUGAUGAAACAACUGCUCAUCGUUACAUGCGAACAUUUGUUGAUUAUUUAGAUAAUGGAAUUGAGUUUUCUGAAUUAUCACAAAUUCGACAACUUGAUAUUUAUUUAAAAGAUUAUUAUCAUCGUGUUCGAGAACUAAUUGAAAAUCUACGUGUUAAAAAUGAUGAUCAACACAAACAAUCACAAUCUCAAUCUUCCACUCAAAUCAUGUUAAUCAACAUAUUACAACAAGCAAAAAUGAUUGGUGAUAGAAAAAUACAACUAAGUCAACAAAUACUUGAUGCUACUGAACAACAAUCAAAAAAACUUAAAAUAGCUUAUCAAAACCAUAUCGAAUCAACCAAUGAACAAAAUUCGAUAUUAAAUAAUAAUAAUAAUUCAAAUGAUACUGAUUCUGAAUCUGGAUCUCAUCGUCCAUUAUGGAAACGAAAAUUUAUGAUAAAUCUGGAACAAAAUGAAAAAUCGAAUAGUAAUGAACGUGAUAGAAAAAAACUUGUACAACGAAAUAUAAAUUCAAAUAAUGACAAUGGGAAAAAAAUGCGAAUAAAUAAUGAUACAUCAACAAUACCACCCGAUGAAACAACUUAUUGUUUAUGUUCUCAACUUUCUUAUGGAUCAAUGAUUCUUUGUGAUAGUAAAACAUGUGGAAUAAAAUGGUUUCAUUUUAAUUGUGUUAAUCUCACAAACACACCAAAAGGAAAAUGGUUUUGUCCGAAUUGUCGAGAGAAUCGAACGUAG